AUGAAAUUUAAAGUUCAGGUAGAAGAAUUUGUCUUUUACAUCAAUGUUGGUUAAGGAUUGAAUGAUUUUGCAUGGCUAGCUCUUGCUGCUGCCAAACUUUAUUCUAAUAAAAAGAAUCCUGAUUCUAAUUAUUUACCUUGCUAUUUAAGAAUCCUUUCUAAUUAAGGCGAUAUGUUUCCACCACCUCCACGUGCUAAAAUAUUUGAUAUUGUUAAUAAAGAAGAAUAAGCAUAAGAACAAUUUGCACAAGUUGAAAUUAGAAAAGGUUAAGGAUGGAUUAUGACUAAAUAAUAAGAAAGUAUUAUCUAAUUUCGAAAAUUUAGAGUGGUAUGAUGAGGCCUUUGGAAAGAUGAGGAAUUAAUUCUAUAUUAGCUUUUCAUUAUUACCCUAAAAUUCCAAAGGUGUACGUUAAGAACCUACUUAUAUUAUACAAUAUGAAUAUAAGAUGUUUCCGGAAGUUAUGCAUGAAUUCGAUCCCAAAAAUUAUCCAUCGAAAGAUAAAAUCAUUAUGAAAGAAUAAAAGUUCACUAUAUAUUUUUAUAUCUAGAGAAGGAGAUAAUUCUAAAAAAUAUUACGCAGACAUCACCCUUCCUUUUGGUUCUUUUACAUAUUAAUUCUUUGGAUAAAUUAUCACUGAAAAAGAGGGACAAGAACCUCAAUCAUCUAUCUUCCCUUUAGAUAUGAAAAACUUUAGUCAUGUUGUGUUUUAGCAACCAUAACCUUAUUCUUAACAAGAAAUACAAAAAAAAAUUAUGGAAUAUGCUUAAUAAAAAGAAAAAGAUUUAUAAUAAUAACAAAUUCAAAAACGAGAAGAUAGUUAAAAAAAUAAACAAUCUGCUGCAGAAGAAUGUCCAUAUAAAUUUGAGAAAUUGUGGACCAUCAUUUACAAAAAUGCUGAAGGUAAUCUAGAGCUUAAAGAUCUUGUAAAGCAAUAUUAUUUAUUAAAAAGGAAGAAAACUUUUACAAUAAAAUUGCAGCUUAUAUGGAUGAUAAAUUGCCACUACUUUACGAAGUUUUUCGUUAAUAUGCCAUUCUCUAUAAUACAGAUCAUGCUAAAAAAGAUGAAAUUAGUAUAUCAUUUUAAGAUGUGAUGCAUUUCUUAAAAUUUGUAUUUCAUUUCAUUUAUAUUAGUACGGAUUAGUAUAGGAUAGUUAGGAAUUAUUUUCAUUUGUUGAAACUUAUGAUAAAUAGGGAUCCAAAUCAAAAGAUGUUAGAAAAAGCUUAGAAUUAUCUGUUAAAUUCUAAGAAUUCUUUGUAAUCAUUGUCGAAUUGGCAUAAUUUAAAAAAACAAAUAAUCUUAGUGAAGUUGAAUGUAAAUUUAAUAUUUACUCAAAUCUAGCAUAAGAUCAACUUGUUAUGAAAAUUGUUGAUAAAAUUAUUGAAACUAAUUCCGAUGAAAAAGAGUUUAAUAAUUUCUAAUAACAUAUGAAGUACAAUGAAAUUUUGGUCAAUUUUAUUAGAGUAAUAUCAAAUAUAAUUAUAUUAAGGAAAUAUAAGAUUAAUUACAAAAUAUUUUCAUUAAAAGGUUUAGUCAAGGAAAUGAUGAUAACUCAGAUAUUAAAUUCCAUAUCAGAUAAGAAGAAAUAAAAUAGCUUAUCCAAGAUUCUGGAUACAAGGGUGAUAAUCUUGAUGGAAUUAUUAAGACAGCAUAUAAAGAAUUAUUUCAUGAUGAAAAGUUUAACGGAUUUGAAGGAUUAUUUUAUUAUGAAUUCAUCCAAGUGAUGUAAUGGCUUGCAUUAGUUCUCAUUUAAAAUGAUGAACGAAGUUAGUAAGAAGAAGCAGAGGAAGUAACUACCUUAGACUAAUUGCAAGAACAAUUAAGAUAUUUCAUUUAAUGUAUUGAAAAGUGAAAUAAAUAUAUAU